AGUCCAUCUUUAUCUUGCCGAACAGUCAUAAAGUGUUGGAAAGCAUUGGCAAAUACGCUGAGCAAGAAGAAGAACCCAACUUAAGAAAACAAUAAUAUUGAUCAAAUCACUUUUAAUUUAAUAUUGAAACAAAAUGGGAUGCGAUGGGGGCACUAUACCCAGGCGUGAUGAGCUUGUGCGCGUCAAGCAAAAGCCAGAGCAGAAAGACAAAGAUGCUGAACGUGAAUUUCGUUGGCUCCACUGUGCGCUGACCCAGCAGCGUUUGCAAGAGCCGAUUGCGAUGUGUACGAUGGGACGUCUAUACUCCAAGCAGAGCGUGAUCGAGCGUUUGCUCGAGAAGGAGAAAAUGCCUGAUUCUGCAGCGCACGUGCGCAGUUUGAAGGACAUUAAAACAUUGCAGCUCACGCCAAAUCCUGCAUUCACAGAAGAGGACAAAACAGAGGGUCUGCUGGACACUCGCCAUGCGCCCUACAUAUGCAAAUUGAUUGGCCUGGAGAUGUCGGGCAAGUUUCGCUUUGUCGCACUCUGGAGCUGCGGCUGCGUACUCUCGGAGCGCGCCCUAAAACAAAUCAAAGGCAACCAGGCCAGCACUUGUCCACUCUGCCUGCAGCCGUACAGCGUGGAGGAUGUCAUUGUGCUGAAUGGCAACGACGAUGACUUGGAGCUGAUGAAGGUUAAGUGUGAAAUGCGUGCUGCAAAGCGCAAGUCUGCCAAAAAGGACAAGAAGGAUGCAAAGAAAACGGAAGUCUCGGUUAAAUCAGAGCCGACCAAUGAAGUGGCAACCACGCUCAGCAAGGAGGAAAAGCCCUCGACCAGCAGCGGUGCCACCAAUGGCCACAAAUUGAAAAUGGUAGCGAAUCCAAAACGUUUAGGCGCUGUAAACGCCAUGCAAGAUCCAGAGAUGAAGCGACUCAAAACAGAUUUCAGCGUGGCCAAAGAUCCCAAGGCAAGUGAUGUGUACAAAUCCUUGUUUACUACCCACAAAACGGACAAGGAACAGGAACGCGCUCACUGGAUUACCUACAACCCGUUCUACAAUUAGACUUCUAAAUUAGAAAUUAUAAUAUAAAAUCCUUGAAUUUUGUUCACACUUAGUUGUUAAUGCGAAACAAUUGGUAUAUAAUUUAAAACAAGUCGUGUAUAAACUGAAUAUCAUAAAUGUUUUAACUUUUGAUCUGAUACCGAAUCAUUCAAAUUUG